AAAAAAAAAAAAAAAAAAAAAAAUUUGUUAUGCAGCUGAGGUACAGCUCAAAAGCUCCGCUUUCAGACGUCAUCGUCCCUUACUGAGAAGAAUUCCCAAUGUCAUGGCCCGCCUAAAAGAGUUUAUUUAUUUUAAAGCCCACCCUCUUCCUUUUGCUCUUAUAACUGCAAAAUCGCACCGCACCUAAUCGAACUUAUACACAAUGCCUGUUCCUUUUGAAGCACUUAUUCCAUUCGGCAUCAUUGCUGGUAUGUUCACCGUAACAGCCACAGGUUUGGGCAUCACCAGGUAUCUCACUAAUGAAGGAAAGCCUACAAGAUAUGGUCUUGAUAAUUGGGAAAAGCAAAUGAUGGAACGUGAUAGACGUUUGACAGGCACGCUUAGAGGACAGAGUGUAAAGCCAAUUGCACCAGCAGCGUUUGCAACAAACAGCAUUUGGUACUUGGAAAAAAAGAUAUCACAUUAA